AUGGCUCGCUCCGAUGGCGAAGACAAAGAAAUCGGGUUUCGACUAAUUCUUCAGUUGGCUGGCCGGAUUUCUGAACGUGACGAUAUCGAUGUCUUACAAUGGAACAAAGAUUAUUUGCUUGGAACAAAGAUUUCUGAACCGAAUACACGUGUCCUAAUAUCGAUUGUCUUCACAAAUGAGGAGUACAAAGGUAGCACUUUUGAAAUACAAGGAAGCAGUGCUCAAUUUGAGAGGGUUAAAGAAGUAGCCAGAGUUGGUGGCACCGGAAUAUUCCGUCUCGCAAGCAGUUACUCGACUUUUGAGAUGAUUCAUUAUGAUGCGACAACUUACUAUGCAGUUAUUCAAUGCAAUGUUACUAUAUUACACUAUUGA